UUUUAUCUUAUUUUGCAUGGAAUAACUUACUACUAAUUCAUUUUGACUCACCAAAAAAGUGAAACAAACAAAAAAAGCUAUCUAUUGGUAUCCAAUUGAAACCUCACAUUAUAAUUUUGUUGGAGAAAUUGUUAAGAAUGGAGGAGAGAAGAGAUGUGAAACUUUUAGGCACAAAAGAAAGUAUAUUUACUCAAAGAAUAGUGUGGGCACUUAAGCUAAAAGGUAUUGACUAUGCAUUUAUAGAGCAGGAUUUUUCUAGCAGGAGCAGUCCAUUGCUUGUGGAACUUAAUCCAGUGUAUAAGAUGGUGCCUGUUAUUGUUCAUGAUGGAAAACCAUUGAGUGAAUCACUUGUUAUUCUUGAGUACAUUGAAGAGACAUGGCCAGUUAAUCCUCUAUUCCCUGUUGAUCCUUUUCAAAGAGCUUCUGCUCGUUUUUGGGCUCGAUUCAUCGAUGGCAUGUUCUAUGAAGCAGCCAAAAAGGCAUUUUUCUCCUCUGGAGAAGCCAAAGCAGAGGGGGUUGAAUUAGUGGAAGAGGGAUUACAUCUUCUUGAAGGACAGAUAAUUGGGAAAAAGUUUUUUGGUGGGGAGAAAAUAGGGUACCUUGACAUAAUAGCUGGUUGGAUUUCUUACUGGUUCCAAUAUAUAGAAGAAGUUGGUGAAUUCAAAGCAAUGGAUUCAAGAAAAUAUCCUUGUCUACAUGCAUGGAUCAACAAUUUCAUUCAAGUCCCUAUUAUUCAACAAACUCUUCCUAAAGCUGAUGAUGUCAAAGCUGUUUACAGGGGAUUUAAAGAUGCUGCAGCCUUGGCUGGUGCAAAUUGAAAAGAUUUAAGAGGUGUUUGAUACCAACGAAAAUGAUUAUUUUCUUAACAAAUGUUUUAUUACAAAAGUAUCUAAUAUGUUUAUUUUUUGAGUUGUAUAAAUGUUCAAUAGAAACAAGUCUGAGUUUUAGUGUCAAAGUGAAAGAUGCAGGAGGCAGCUGCUUAUGACUUUAACCUAUGGUAAUCGAAGAAAAGUUAUAUAUUUCAACUCUGAUCUAAAUAUGAAAUGGAACAAGUCCAAAAUUAUAGAGUACAAGAAAGGCCAUCGAAUUAGCCAGGACUGUUAGGAGAUUCCAAAGCAGAGAAGUCAUCAAAUAAUAUAAGAAGCGAACUUCUUUACCUUCCUGAUUUGGAUGCAUCUUCUUGUGUUGUUCGAUGCCUCUUCCAAAGCAAUUCGAAUUUAGAAGCAGGCGGCGCUGGCAUAUCUGCUAAGAGUUCAUCCGAAUCCAUUAGAUUUAGUUCAAUCAUUGUAUUUGUCUUGAUAGUGUUGACAACGUGAUCAGCUUUGUGGGUCACUUAGUUGUUGAGUUUAUUUAGGAGUCAAUAAGUUGUUCCUAAUCUUUAAAUAGUUUAGUUGUUGAGUUUAUUUAGGAGUCAAUAAGUUGUUCCCAGUCUUUAAGCUACAAGUUAACGUGCAGUUAGUUUUUAAGAUUCAGAUUUUUUAGGGGAAUAAACGUGUUCUUUUACUUACUAGUUUCAUCUAUUUAAGACUCUUGUAACAGAGUAUUUUAAAGUGUUAAUACAGAGAAAAUUUUCACA